GGCGCACAGAGGAGAGGCGACGCGCUCCCCCAGACUCGAGGCGACCAGGUCCAAGGAGCGACGCGUCGACUUGCGCUUAUCUCCCCCGGAGCGGCUCGGAGACGACUCUUCUUUUCUUUUAUUCGUGUCGUUCAAAGAUGUUCAACCCAGACGCGUUACACUUAGAUCGGUCCUGCCUACGCGAGCACGCUUCCUCAUAGACUUCACAUAUUUUCUUUUUUUUUUUUCUUCUUCUUUUUUUUUCUUCCUUCUUUCCGUGCAUGACCAAGGAAAGAACCUCACCGAAGAACCGCAGCUGGUGAGAAUAUGUGCGAGAGGCGAUCGGCGGAGGGCACGGGCUGUCUCCGGUCCCUCGAGGAGAAGCAGCAGCAGCAGCAGCGUGGAUUAAACACGAAUUAAUGUGGAAUUUAUCGGAGCACCAAGGUGGAACGACGACCGGACACAGCGCUUCCUCGUCAGGGACUGACUGAUCAUGGUCGCCGUGGUCCGCUCUUUCAUGGUACUGCUGCUCGCUCAGGUGUUGCUGGAAGGUGCGACGGGACUUAUCCCCGAGGUCGGCCGGAGGAAGUACAGCGAAUCCGGGAAGCAGACCCCCGAGCGGUCGGAGAGCUUCCUCCACGACUUCGAGCUCCGGCUCCUCACCAUGUUCGGACUGAGGCGCAGGCCGACCCCGAGCAAGCAAGCCGCGGUGCCGCAGUACAUGGUGGAUCUUUACCGCAUGCACUCGGCGAACGGGGACCACAGCGCCAAGCGGCCCAAGAGCAUGGGGAAGCACGCGGAGAGAGCCGCCAGCAAGGCCAACACGAUUAGAAGCUUUCACCACGAAGAGUCCAUGGAGGCCCUGUCCAGGCUGAAAGGUAAAACGACCCAGCAGUUCUUCUUCAACCUCACCUCCAUCCCCGACGACGAGCUCAUCACCUCCGCAGAGCUCCGCGUCUACAGGGAUCAGGUCAUGGGAGCUGCGCCCCCCAACAACAGCUCCAGAAACAGCAGCACUACUGGCGAUCAUGGCGCUCCGGCUGGUGGCAUCCAUCGCAUCAACAUUUAUGAGAUAUUCGGAGUUCCUCAAGGUCGGGAACCCUUGGCGCGUCUGCUGGACACCCGGCUGGUGCAGGACUCUUUGAGCCGCUGGGAGAGCUUCGACGUCAGCCCCGCCGUGUCUCAGUGGACCUCUGGGAAAGGUCGCAACCACGGCUUCAUGGUGGAGGUGCACCACCCAGAGCAAGGGGAGAUGGACGGGGAGCACGCCCGGAGACGUAGUCGGCACAUCAGGGUGAGCCGGUCCCUGCACCGGGACCAGGACUCGUGGCCUCAGGCUCGGCCUCUGCUGGUGACGUACGGCCACGACGGCCGCGGGGACUCGGUGCUGCACACGCGGGAAAAACGCCAGGCGGCGCUGCGCAAACAGCGCAGGAAGCACCAGCACAAGGCCAGCUGCAAGAGGCACGCCCUGUACGUGGACUUCAGCGACGUGGGGUGGAACGAGUGGAUAGUGGCGCCGCCCGGGUACCACGCCUUUUAUUGCCAAGGGGAAUGUCCGUUCCCCCUGGCGGACCAUCUCAAUUCGACCAAUCACGCCAUCGUGCAGACGCUGGUGAACUCGGUGAACUCGAACAUCCCCAGAGCCUGCUGCGUGCCCACCGACCUCAGCCCCAUCUCCCUGCUCUACCUGGACGAAUACGAGAAGGUCAUCCUGAAAAACUACCAGGAUAUGGUGGUGGAGGGAUGUGGCUGCCGGUGAGGAGCUGUGGAUAGAAAGAGAGACUGAAAGAGACAUCAGAGGUUAUUAUGGACACCCGGUUUCCCCCAAUGAAGACGUUUAUUUAUAUGAAAGACAAAACAGAGCUAUCGUGGAAGAAGAAGAAGAAGAAGAAAAAAGCUAUAUAUGAAUAUAUUUAUGUCUACGUAAA